CUUGAGCAUGCGGGAUAAGUUCAGUUCAACUGAUUUGUGAGUUAACCGAAGAUACAAAAAUGCAAACAUAGACAAGGCAGAAAUAUACCAAACAUCAGGGACUUUUCUCUUGUAACCAAUAAGCGGUCAGAAAGAUAUCAAUUUAGUCUCCCCUAGCUCGUAUAAGUAAUAUUGCAUAGUGGAUUUCGGAGCCUUAUCAUGGAAUAGCGCGUAGUAUUAGUAAUGCGUUACUUCAAUGGGUGUCCUUGGGUUACAGCUAGCGACAACAUUGGUGGCUGCUAGUAUCUUGUCAAAAGUUAUUUCUUUCUACUCAUUUACUCGGCUUUUGGUCGCAGGUCUUUUGAGAUAUGUUGUCCCAACCGAUGAGCAGUUGCUGGAAGCUAGCGGCAAUUGUAAAAUUAAAACGAAAGGCAAGAAGAAAAGAAUUGAUUCAUCUUCCGUAAAUUCCAAUGGGACGAAUUAUAACUACGACACCUUCUAUUUUCCUCGCGUGACAACCAUACAUCUGAAGCAAUCUCAUGUAUCUAGUGCCGAUAUUGCCCUCUUACCUUUGUACUCAAGUCAUCAGUGGUUAGUCGACUUCACUGUUUGUGCGGUAUGUGUGUAUUUGAUUAAUGAACUUGCCUACAACUGUGUCAUCCCAUGGUAUGAAGGUUAUGGUCGAACUCAAACUACACCAGCUAAUACUACAGUGAAACAGUCUCCCUCUCCCGUAUCUCUCAGUUUGCGUAUUAAUUUGAGCUUAGUUUGGAUAACGCUAAGCCUUUGGUUCACUAUUCGCACACUUAUUUCUCUGACCGCAAUAUAUUUCCGAUCUCAAAAUAGUAACACUAGAAUUGAAUCCCGUCCUUCUAAGCCCACUACAAAUGGCAUAUCUACAAAUAUAACUUCAGGUGAAUGUAUACUCAUUCUGGCAGCUGCAUUUUUCUUCCUUGUCGCUGCGACUUUGUUUCUUUCUCUUGAUGGCACAUUUGUGGAUUUCGGCCUCCAAGCUGCAUACGGAAAUAUGACUUUUGGGGAGGUUUCAUCGUCAAGCAGCCCUAUCAUUAGCUGGGGCUCAUUUCAUUUCAUCCUAGCUAUUAUCGCUAGCGUAAUUGGUGCUCUGUUUGUGUAUCCUGGAUUAAAGUUUGGGAAAAUCUACUUGGAUGCUGUCAAACAACUUUCGACUCCAGCAAUGAAGAGAUUCAUACUCCAUCUAAAUUUUAUAUGUCCAAUAAUCCCUAUCCUACUUUGGCUUACUUCAAUCACUGAUCAUAUUUCUCGGUCAUUAAUCAUGCUUACGCAUAGUAAUUCAAUAUCUGAACAUCCCUUUCUCUUAAUGGUCGUCAACAUUUUGUCUAAUUUAUUCUUGAAACAUUUGGAUAGUAUCCGGAUACUUACAUGUCUAACGGUUAUUUUCCUUCGUCUCUCCACUACUCGCUGGAUUUUACAGGCAUACCUGAAUUCCGCACAAGAGAAGUUGGAUAAAUUCAGUCGUGAGCCAGGUCAAACAUCAAACAAAGAAGUACAACGACUAGUUGCAAGCAUUUUCUAUUGUUUAAAUCUUGUCUCACUUCAAUACAUUACACCGUGUUUUCUAUCUUUAUGUCUUUUAUGCUUGCAUAAAAAUUUAUCCGGUCUCUCAUGGUUACCGUGUCAGUAUUUUCAGCCAUCCUUAUCAUCGAAUAGUACAACUCUGCCUGUUGCUGUUGUAUCGAAUGCUCAAAAUCUAACGAAUCUUUCCUCGUCAAUCUUUUUUUUAACUAUUAGUCAAAAUAAUGUCACUUCUUGGCCAAGUAUGUUUAUUCAAGCUAGAUAUAUUAUUAAUCAGAUAAUGGAUAGUUUUAUUCUACGGGGAAUGACUAUUUCACAUGGUAUAUUUGGCUUCUUACUCUGGUGGACACUACUUAGUUGGCAGUCGAUGAGUUUACUAGGAUUAGCCUAUCAUCGAUUUGCUUCUAAUGACUGACUUUACUAGCUAAUUAAUGAAUUAUUUUAAAAAUUUUAUUGUCCACUGUUGAACAUUUUUACUGAUUUUAAUAAGUAUUUAUUUGAAUAAUUCCCUUUAUCACCUUUACCACUUUAUAAUGACGUGAUAAAUUUCGUCACUUUAGAAUCUCGUCGUCUCUCCCCUCAUGUAUGUCCCUUUUCAUAGCAACUUGAAUCACUGAUAAUAUUCCCCUUUUUGUUUUAUCCUGUCUCACCGCAACUUUAUUUUAGUCGUUAUUUUUUGAUUUCACAUAAUGUUUGCUAACUAGCUAACCUUGCCUUACACACCCGUCACUCCUACCACCCCUCCACACACACACACACACACACAGCAAACUUCUUUCAAUCCCGUUAUUUUAUUGCUUUUUAUCGUUUUAUUUAAAAAAAAAUACAACACAAAAUUAUCUUUUUAGAAGUAUAAUAUGUUAUGUUAUGUGCCUUGUUAUGUUUACUCUUUAAAACUCAAACAAACAAACAAAGAUGUGAUUGUAGUGCAUAGAUGCUUAUUGGUUAUGCAGCUGAUAAGAGUCUGUAAGAAACAACAACCAUAUGCUGAAAUUGAUUCUUCUCGCCUUUUCAAAGUAAUUAUACGAAUGAAUGCUGCAAGAAUCCCGUAGGAAAGCCCAUCACUUUUUAUUUGUUUAUGCACAGAAUAAGUGUCACUUGCUGUUUUUAAGGUGUAUAGAUUUAUAGGAAUUUAAUAUGAUGAUGUACUGACUGACUGGUUUUAGCGUAGAACUUUGCACUGAUGUGCAUCAGUUUGAGUUGCCACACUUCACUCAGCACACGAAG